UUCUCGGCGGCCGUGACUCUACAGUCGGUCAUCACUGCAACGGUGAGGGAGGGGGCGCUCGAGCCAAGUCGUUGAAUCAAAUAACCGCUUCAAGCGCAGCUCCACUGUUUACGAAAUAGCAAGGGUGAGAACAUUAAUUACGACAGCCGCGACGUCUCUAAUAGAACCAAAUUCAGGACAACGGGACACCGGCGAGCCUUGAAUUUAUCCCGGUGGUCCCUACUAUCAUCCAAUAGCAGGAGGGUCUUCCCCCUCCAACCAACCCAUCCAUUCAGGAUGUCCACUCCAGACCCUCCCAUGGGGGGUACCCCUCGACAGGGUCCUUCCCCAGGCCCGGGGCCCUCUCCUGGGGCAAUGCUUGGCCCCAGCCCUGGUCCUUCUCCAGGGGGGUCCUCUCACAGCAUGAUGGGGCCCAGCCCAGGGCCUCCAUCCUCAGGUCACCCCCUGCCUCAGGCUGGGCCCUCUGGAUACUCCCAGGAGAACAUGCACCCUCUGCACAAACCACUGGAAGGUAUGGAGAGGACUGCCAUGGAGAGGACUGCCAUGGAGAGGACUGCCAUGGAGAGGACUGCCAUGGAGAGGACUGCCAUGGAGAGGACUGCCAUGGAGAGGACUGCCAUGGAGAGGACUGGUAUGGAGAGGCCUGGUAUGGAGAGGCCUGGUAUGGAAAGGACUGCCAUGGAGAGGACUGCCAUGGAGAGGACUGCCAUGGAGAGGACUGGUAUGGAGAGGACUGCCAUGGAGAGGACUGCCAUGGAGAGGACUGCCAUGGAGAGGACUGCCAUGGAGAGGACUGCCAUGGAGAGGACUGGUAUGGAGAGGACUGGUAUGGAGAGGACUGGUAUGGAGAGGGCUGGUAUGGAGAGGACUGGUAUGGAGAGGACUGGUAUGGAGAGGACUGCCAUGGAGAGGACUGCCAUGGAGAGGACUGGUAUGGAGAGGACUGGUAUGGAGAGGACUGGUAUGGAGAGGACUGGUAUGGAGAGGACUGGUAUGGAGAGGACUGGUAUGGAGAGGACUGGUAUGGAGAGGACUGGUAUGGAGAGAAAUACCAUGGAGAGGACUGCCAUGGAGAGGACUGCCAUGGAGAGGACUGCCAUGGAAAGGACUGGUAUGGAGAGGACUGCCAUGGAGAGGACUGGUAUGGAGAGGACUGGUAUGGAGAGAAAUGCCAUGGAGAGGACUGGUAUGGAAAGGACUGGUAUGGAGAGAACUGGUAUGCAUGAGAAGGCCAUGAGUGAGGAGUCACGCUUUGCCCAGAUGAAGGGCAUGAGACAGGGAGGGCACAGUGGCAUGGGCCCUCCUCCCAGCCCCAUGGACCAACACUCUCAAGGCUACCACUCCCCACUUGGCGGCUCUGACCACUCCAGCCCCGUCCCUUCCAACGGGCCCCCCUCUGGCCCUCUCCAACCCUCUAGCGCUGGCCCAAACCCCUCAGACACCUCCUCCAACCCGGACUCCCAAACCCUGGGGGGCCAGAACCAGUUGCAGAACCGUCCCGGUGGGCCCCAGCAAAGUGGCCCCGGCCCUGUUGGCCCCGGUGGAGGCCCUACUCCUUUCAACCAGAACCAGCUUCACCAGCUGCGGGCCCAGAUCAUGGCCUAUAAGAUGCUGGCCAGGGGGCAGCCACUACCGGACCAUCUCCAGAUGGCUGUCCAGGGGAAGAGGCCCAUAGGGUGCAGCCCAGGGAUGCAGGGUCCGGGGCCAGGGCAGGGGGGACUGGGGCAGCCCAUGCCCAGCCUGGCUCCUGGAGGUCCUGGAGGUGUGGGGCCAGGACAAGGACCAGGAGGACCCAUGGGCCAGGGCUACAGCAGAGCUCACGGGAUGAUGGGACCCAACAUGCCUCCUCCAGGCCCCUCUGGUCCAACAGGCAUGCAGGGACAGAACCCCAACGGACCCCCCAAGUCCUGGUCUGAAGGUCCAAUGGUAAACGCCGCCGCCCCCUCUAACGCUCCCCAGAAGUUGAUUCCUCCCCAGCCGACGGGCCGUCCCUCCCCCGCUCCACCCUCCAUACCCCCCGCGGCCUCCCCGGUCAUGCCCCCUCAGACCCAGUCCCCUGGGCAACCGGUCCAGCCCCCACCCAUGGUUCCCCACCAUGCCAAGCAGAACCGCAUUACCCCCAUCCAGAAACCCCACGGACUCGACCCGGUGGAAAUACUGCAGGAGAGGGAGUACAGACUGCAGGCUCGUAUCACCCACCGUAUAGCUGAGUUGGAGAACCUCCCUGGCUCUCUGGCUGGAGACCUGAGGACCAAGGCCACCAUCGAACUCAAGGCCCUCCAGCUGCUCAACUUCCAGAGACAGCUGCGUCAGGAGGUUGUGGUGUGUAUGCGUAGGGACACAGCUCUGGAGACGGCUCUGGACGCUAAGGCCUACAAGAGGAGCAAGCGCCAGUCCCUACGAGAGGCCCGCAUCACAGAGAAACUGGAGAAACAGCAGAAGAUCGAACAGGAGCGUAAACGUCGACAGAAACACCAGGAGUAUCUGAGCAUUAUCCUGGCCCACGCCAAAGACUUUAAGGAGUACCACCGCUCCAUCACAGCUAAGAUCCAGAAAGCCACCAAGGCCGUGGCCACGUACCACGCCAACACAGAGCGUGAGCAGAAGAAGGAGAACGAGCGCAUCGAGAAGGAGAGGAUGAGGAGGCUGAUGGCUGAGGAUGAGGAGGGCUACCGUAAGCUGAUUGACCAGAAGAAGGACAAGCGUCUGGCCUACCUGCUGCAGCAGACGGAUGAGUACGUGGCCAACCUCACUGAGUUGGUCCGGGCUCACAAGCUGGUACAGGCCCUCAAAGAGAAGAAGAAGAAGAGGAAGAAGAAGAAGAAGCUGGAGAACGCUGAGGGUCAGACUCCUGUACUGGGACCUGAUGGAGAACCUCUAGAUGAGACGUCCCAGAUGAGUGACCUACCAGUGAAGGUGAUCCACGUGGACAGUGGUAACAUCCUGACAGGGGCGGACGCUCCUAAAGCUGGACAGCUGGACACAUGGCUGGAGAUGAACCCUGGGUACGAAGUGGCCCCUCGCUCUGACAGUGAAGACAGUGGAUCGGAAGAGGAGGAGGAGGAAGAGGAGGAGCCCCAGCCGGCAGUGCCUCCAGUAGUGGUCCUCCCAGGGUUAGUGGGGUUAGAGGAGAAGAAGAAGAAGAUCCCAGACCCCGACAGUGAAGAAGUAUCAGAGGUGGACGUACGACACAUCAUAGAGCACGCUAAGCAGGAUGUGGAUGAUGAGUAUAACAGUGCAGAGGCAGCGUUCGCUCGGGGACUCCAGUCUUACUACGCUGUGGCCCAUGCUGUCACUGAGAGAGUGGAGAAACAGUCCACUAUACUCAUCAACGGACAACUGAAACAGUACCAGAUUAAAGGUCUGGAGUGGCUGGUGUCUCUCUACAACAACAAUCUGAAUGGUAUCCUGGCUGAUGAAAUGGGACUAGGAAAGACCAUCCAGACCAUCGCUCUCAUCACGUACCUGAUGGAGAACAAACGAGUCAACGGACCUUUCCUCAUCAUAGUACCGCUCUCAACUCUCUCUAACUGGGUGUAUGAGUUUGACAAGUGGGCUCCGUCUGUAGUGAAAGUCUCCUACAAGGGCUCCCCUCAGGCCAGAAGGGCCUUCAUCCCCCAGCUACGCAGCGGCAAGUUCAACGUUCUCCUCACUACCUAUGAGUACAUCAUUAAGGAUAAACAGGUCCUAGCCAAGAUCCGGUGGAAGUACAUGAUCGUGGACGAGGGCCACCGGAUGAAGAACCACCACUGUAAGCUGACCCAGGUCCUCAACACCCACUACCUGGCCCCCAGGAGAGUGCUCCUAACUGGGACACCGCUCCAGAACAAGCUGCCUGAGCUCUGGGCCCUGCUCAACUUUCUCCUGCCCACCAUCUUUAAGAGCUGCAGUACCUUCGAACAGUGGUUCAAUGCACCAUUCGCUAUGACUGGAGAGAAGGUAGAUCUAAAUGAAGAGGAGACCAUCCUGAUUAUCCGUCGCCUCCACAAGGUGCUCCGCCCCUUCCUGUUACGCAGGCUCAAGAAGGAAGUAGAGGCUCAGCUACCGGAAAAGGUGGAGUAUGUAAUAAAGUGUGAUAUGUCAGCGCUCCAGAGGGUUCUGUACAGACAUAUGCAGGCCAAGGGAGUCCUACUGACAGACGGCUCUGAGAAGGACAAGAAGGGUAAAGGAGGUACCAAGACCCUGAUGAACACCAUCAUGCAGUUGAGGAAGAUCUGUAACCAUCCCUACAUGUUCCAACAGAUAGAGGAAUCUUUCUCGGAGCAUUUAGGAUUUUCCGGAGGGAUAGUGAGUGGUCUUGACCUGUACCGAGCCUCAGGGAAGUUUGAGGUGCUGGACCGUAUCCUGCCCAAGCUGAGGGCCACCAAUCACAAGGUGUUGUUGUUCUGUCAGAUGACCUCGCUCAUGACCAUCAUGGAGGACUACUUCGCCUACCGCAACUUCAAGCACCUGCGUCUGGACGGCACCACCAAAGCAGAUGACAGGGGCAUGCUGUUGAAGGCGUUUAACGACCCAGCCUCCCAGUACUUCAUCUUCCUGCUCAGUACCAGAGCCGGGGGGCUGGGCCUCAACCUACAGUCAGCUGACACCGUGGUCAUCUUUGACUCUGACUGGAACCCUCACCAGGACCUGCAGGCCCAGGACCGUGCACACCGCAUCGGCCAACAGAACGAGGUCCGUGUCCUGCGUCUCUGCACCGUCAACUCCGUAGAGGAGAAGAUCCUGGCAGCGGCCAAGUACAAACUCAACGUGGACCAGAAGGUCAUCCAGGCCGGCAUGUUUGACCAGAAGUCAUCGAGCCACGAGCGCCGGGCUUUCCUGCAGGCUAUCCUGGAGCACGAGGAACAGGACGAGGUCGGGGCCCCGGGCGGCGUGUGGAAGUCUGGGGGGUCUUGGGAGGAGGACGAGGUGCCAGACGAUGAGACGGUCAACCAGAUGAUCGCCAGGAGCGAGGAGGAGUUUGACCACUUCAUGCGUAUGGACCUGGACAGGAGGCGUGAGGACGCUCGUAACCCCCGCCGUAAGCCCCGUCUGAUGGAGGAGGACGAGCUGCCCACCUGGAUCAUGAAGGACGACGCAGAGGUGGAGAGACUCACCUGUGAGGAGGAAGAGGAGAAGAUGUUCGGGAGGGGGUCCCGCCAGCGCAAGGAGGUGGACUACAGUGACUCACUUACUGAGAAGCAGUGGCUCAAGGCCAUUGAGGAAGGCACGUUAGAGGAGAUCGAGGAGGAGGUGCGUCACAAGAAGACCACCCGGAAGCGAAAGCGUGACCGCGAUGACCUCCCUGGCCCCUCCUCUUCCUCCUCGGGGGGCAGGCGGAGCCGGGACAAGGACGAGGACGGGAAGAGACAGAAGAAGAGGGGACGCCCCCCCGCAGAGAAACUCUCCCCCAACCCCCCCGCUCUCACCAAGAAGAUGAAGAAGAUAGUGGACGCUGUUAUUAAAUACAAAGACAGCAGUAAUGGUCGUCAGCUGAGUGAGGUCUUCAUCCAGCUGCCCUCGCGCAAAGAGCUGCCAGAGUACUACGAGCUCAUCCGCAAGCCUGUCGACUUCAGGAAAAUCAAGGAGAGGAUCCGUAGCCACAGAUACCGUAGUCUAGGAGACCUGGAGAGAGAUGUGAUGCUACUCUUUCAGAACGCACAGACCUUCAACCUGGAGGGAUCACUGAUCUACGAGGACUCCAUCGUGCUCCAGUCGGUGUUCACCAGUCUGAGACAGAAGAUCGAGAAGGAGGAGGACAGCGAGGGAGAGGACAGUGAGGAAGAGGAGGAGGACCUGGACGAAGGCUCCGAGUCAGAGUGUGAGUCAUCACUGAAGAAAGGAUCCCGCUCAGUGAAGGUGAAGAUCCGUCUGGGACGGAGAGAGAAGAGUAGUGACCGAGGGAAGGGUAGGAGACGUAUGGGACGCACCCGAGCCAAACCUGUCGUCAGCGACGACGACACUGAAGAGGAGCAGGAGGAGGUGAGGGGAGAGGAGGAACGCUCCCCCAGUGGCACUGAUGAAGAAUCCUAAAUGAAACUAGCUGCUUACUCCAAGGUCCAACUCUACUUCCAUUAUUACCAGGUUUUGUUCAACUCCAUUUCAUAUCUACUUGGGAAUGUGGAAUUUCACUUAAUAUUGAUGCCAAUUCCCUCCCUGUUAUGUACAUUAGCACAGCUUUCAUAACAUCAUCAACUACUGGACAUGAAGCACUGCUUAGGUGUGGAAAAUAGACCAAUUCUGCCUCAUCCUGUUAGUCGAUCUAAACAACCUUGUUAAUGUAAUAUGUGUCAACUACUAAAAGUGUUAUUUAUUAUGUCUGAUGUCUUUUGGGGGGUAAGUUGAGGCCAUAUACAGUGCCUUCAGUAAGUAUUCAUACUGCUUGACUUAUUCCACAUUUUGCUGUGUUACAGCCUGAAUUCAAAAUAUAUACUUUUUUUGGGAUACCCAUCUACACACAAUACCCCAUAAUGACAAAGUGAAAACAUGUUUUUACAAAUGUUUGCAAAUGUAUUGAAAAUGAAAUAUCUCAUUUACAUAACUUGAGUCAAUACUUUGUAGAAGCAUCUUUGACAGCGAUUACAGCUGUGCGUCUUUCCGGGUAAGUCUCUAAGAGCUUUCCACACCUGGAUUGUGGAACAUUUAACUUUUAUUAUUUUCAAAAUUCUGUCAAAUUGGAUAUUGAUCAUUGCGAGGCAACCGUUUUCAGGUCUUGCCAUAGAUUUUCAAGCCUAUUUAAGUCAACUGUAACUCGGCCACUCAGGAACAUUCACUGUCUUCUUGGUAAGCAACUCCAGUGUAUAUUUGGCCUUGUGUUUUAGGUUAUUGCCCUGCUGAAAGGUGAAUUCAUCUCCCAGUGUUUGGUGGAAGGCAGACUGAACCAGGUUUUCCUCUGGGAUUUGGCCUGUCCUUCAUCUCCCAGUGUUUGGUGGAAGGCAGACUGAACCAGGUUUUCCUCUGGGAUUUGGCCUGUCCUUCAUCUCCCAGUAUUUGGUGGAAGGCAGACUGAACCAGGUUUUCCUCUGGGAUUUGGCCUGUCCUUCAUCUCCCAGUAUUUGGUGGAAGGCAGACUGAACCAGGUUUUCCUCUGGGAUUUGGCCUGUCCUUCAUCUCCCAGUAUUUGGUGGAAGGCAGACUGAACCAGGUUUUCCUCUGGGAUUUGGACUGUUCAUAGCUGCAUUGUUUCUUUUCUAUCCAGAAAAACUCCCCCAGUCCUUAACAAUUACAAUAUGUAGAGUGGUACUCCGUAAUGGAUUUGCCCACAAAAAACAUUGCAUUGCUUUUCCACAUUGUUUGUACUAUUACUUUAGUGCUUUGUUGCAAACAGGAUAUAGUUUUAUUCUGUACAGGUUUCCUUCUUUUCACUCUGUCAUUUAGGUUAGUAUUGUGGAGUAACUAGAGUGGUUUUGAUCCAUCCUCAGUUUUCUCCUAUCUCAGCCAUUAAACUCUGUAACUGUUUUAAAAUCACCAUUGACCUCAUGGUAAAAUCCCUGAGCAGUUUCCUUCCUCUCUGGAAACUGAGUUAGGAAGGACACCUGUAUAUUUGUUAUGACUGGGUGUAUUGAUACACCAUCCAAAGUGUAAUUAAUAACUUCACCAUGCUCAAACGGUUAUUCAAUGUCUGCUUUUAUUUUUACCCAUCUACCAAUAGGUGCUCUUCUUUGCUAGGCAUUGAAAAACCUCCCUGGUCUUUGUGAUUGAAUCUGUGUUUGAAAUUCACUGCUCAACUGAGGGACCUUACAAUUAUCUGUAUGUGUGGGAUACAGAGAGGGGGUAGUUAUUCAAAAAUCAUGUUUAACACUAGUCCAUGCAACUUAUUAUGUGACUUGUUAAGCACAUUUUACUCCUGAACUUGCCAUAACAAAUGGGUUGAAUAUUUAUAGACUCAAGACAUUUCAGGUUUUAAUUUUUUAUAAAAAAAAAGAAAAAAGAAUCCACUUUGACAUGAUGAGGUAUUGUGUGUAGAUCAGUGACACGAAAUCUCAAUUUAAUCCAUUUUUAAUUCAGGCUGUAACAACAAAAUGUGGAAAAAAUCAAAGUGUGUGAAUUCUUUCUGAAGACACUGUAGGUGUGUGUUAAUCGUCUAUGUUGACAGAGGCCCUCUGUUAGAAUUGCGACCGUUUCUUUCUGUGUUGGUUCUAGGAAUCUGUGUACAUUUGAGCAAGGCUCUGUCCUAAACUAACUUGAGUUGAAAUGGAAUUGACCCCAAGCUAAAACUGACAUACAGUACCUGUCCAUGUAUUAUACCAUAACUCACCCAGUAACUGCACCAGAGACGCUGCUUACAGUAGUUGUAACUGCUAUUACUAUACACUCUGUUAUUACUGACGAUUGUAUAACAAUUAAUUAAGGGGCAAAUCCUAUCUUCCAUUUAGGUCAAAUUUUCACUUAGUCUCACUUAGGCCUGGAUUCAAUCCGGAAGCGUGGAUGAUCCUCGUUAUAGCGCAUUUGACAUUUAAAGGUGAUUCCCGAUUGAGCCUACAUAGGCAGCGUUUACCGUGAAUGCGGUCUCCGCCAACGCGGACAUGUUGACUUUCAAUGGUGCAUAGUCGGAAAGGGCCGAUCGAAUUAAAACUAUCCCAAAGUCUCCCAUUGACAUCAAUGCUGACUACAUGAAAAUGAUAUUUAAAUGGAAGUUAAGUUUGCCCCUAAGUAUUAAUAAUACAUUAAGUAAUGUAGCAGUAAGUGAAAUUUCAAAUGCUUCUAUUUGGAUGUUGUGCUGCUUUCCUAGCGUAGCUAAACAAAAUGUCAGACUGUUUGAAUCUACUUUUUUGCACAUUUUCUUCCAUGUUUGUUGUUUUUAAGAUGACGGACCAGAGGGACAGUAGUUCUUCUCUGUAUUCAUGUAUGCCUCAUGGCGGUACGGUGUUAGAUAUCUAUGGUUAUGUCAUUCUAGAUAUGCAUGUAUACACUGAGUGUACAAAACAUUAGGACCACCUUCCUAAUAUUGGGAUGCGCCUCCUGUUGCCCUCAGAACAGCUUCAAUUUGUCGGGGCAUGGACUCUAUAAGGUGUCAAAAGCGUUCCAUAGGGAUGCUGGCCCUUGUUGACUCCAAUGCUUCCCACAGCUGUGUCAAGUUGGCUGGAUGUCCUGUGGAUGGUGGACCAUUCUUGAUACAUAUGGGAAACUGUUGAGCGUGAAAAACCCAGCAGCGUUGCAGUUCCUGACACAUCAAUAAGAGAUCACAGCUUUCACCUGGAUUCACCUGGUCAGUCUGUCGUAGAUAGAGCAUGUGCUCUUAAUGUUGUGUAUACUCAGUGUAUGUGUGUAGGAUACAAUCCAAUGUACUGUAUUAUUUCAUAUGACAAAGUUAAUGUUAUGAGUAGGUCUGAGUGUUUUGUGCAAUUAUGUGACAUGCCUGGAUUUGAACCUUUAUUUAAAGCUUUUUCAUCAAA